AUGACCGAUGAUGCCCAGGACCGGCCACAUCCGACCUCCUCCCCGAGACCUACCAAUGUUGCUCCCUCUGUUAGUUCAUCGGCAGGAACAGGGUUGACAAUCAAUCACGAGCCGGGCUUUGUGCAGCCAUCUUCUUACCUUCGACCACGCGGUCUGUCUCGUCCAAUGACCCCAGCUCAGCCAGAACGAGCAGUUGACCGCGAUGAACGAUUAGCGUUGCGUGAAAUUCGAAACUUCCUUAAAGUGCGCACCAGCUAUGACGUCCUUCCUCUCAGCUUUCGUCUGAUCGUAUUCGACACCUCUCUCUCCGUCAAAGAGAGUCUCAACAUUUUGGCACAGAAUGGAAUUGUUUCUGCUCCGCUAUGGGACUCUACCACUUCGACGUUUGCCGGACUACUCACCACGUCAGACUAUAUCAAUGUCAUCCAGUAUUACUUUCAGCAUCCAGCAGCGCUGGCAAAGAUAGACCAAUUUCGCCUGAACAGUCUACGUGAAGUUGAAAGAGCUCUUAAUGUUGCACCACCAGAGACAGUCUCUAUUGACCCUGAACGGCCGCUCUAUGAAGCAUGCCGGCGAAUGCUUUCUUCUAGAGCGCGCAGAAUACCUCUCGUGUCAUAUGACUCUCAAACCGAGAGACCGAUGGUGGUUAGUGUAAUUACGCAGUACCGCAUUCUAAAAUUUGUAGCCGUGAAUGUCAGUGAAACACAAAAAUUACGAAAACCAUUACAGGAGAUAAACCUCGGGACGUAUGAUGACAUUGUAACUGCCACCAUGGACACCCCUGUCAUUGAUGUCAUACACAAGUUGGUAGAGCGCAGUAUUUCCAGCGUUCCUAUUAUCAACUCUGAAGGCGUUGUAUAUAAUGUUUUCGAAGCUGUUGAUGUCAUAACGCUGAUCAAAGGAGGGGUAUACGAUGACCUGAACCUCGAAGUUGGGGAAGCUUUGAAAAAGCGGUCACCUGCAUUUCCCGGUAUCUACACCUGUUCUACCGAUGACGGGCUUGACACAAUCCUAGAUACAAUUCGUCGGUCGCGAGUGCAUCGCUUGAUCGUCGUAGAUGAGCAUUUCCGCCUCAAGGGCGUCCUUACAUUAAGCGACAUCCUUCGCUACCUCCUUCUUGAGGGUGAACCGGAUGAGUCAUGA